CUAUCUCAGCUAUUCCAUCCAUUUCUAAAACAAAAGAAAAUGGCUCCUCUUGUUUCCUGUCAAUGCAUUCUCAAAAUCUUCCUUCUUAUUUCUGUCUUUCAUCUUUCUUUCGCUGCUAGGAAGCUGAGUGAACUGGUAAAGGACCAGUCUCAGCUACUCCAUUACCACAACGGUCCUUUGCUAUUUGGCAAAAUCUCCGUCAACCUCAUCUGGUACGGUCAGUUCAAACCAUCUCAAAAGGCCAUAAUCUCCGAUUUCAUUACCUCACUGUCAUCCCCAACGGUUCACAGCAACCAACCCUCCGUUGCCACGUGGUGGAAAACCACCGAGAAAUACUACCACCUGGGCUCCAAGAAGGCUGCUCCUCUUUACCUUUCAUUGGGUAAUCAAAUUCUGGACGAGAACUACUCGCUGGGAAAGUCGCUAACCAGCAAGCAACUUGUCCAGUUGGCAUCCAAAGGAGGGCAGAGAAACUCCAUCAACGUUGUACUAACAUCCGCUGACGUGGCGGUGGAAGGUUUCUGUAUGAGCCGAUGUGGGACUCACGGGUCUUCUUCGGUGGGUCACGUGAAGGGCAAGAACUACAAGUUCGCUUACAUUUGGGUUGGUAAUUCUGAGACCCAAUGCCCAGGUCAAUGCGCCUGGCCAUUCCACCAGCCAAUCUAUGGGCCUCAGAACCCACCGUUGAUCGCUCCCAACAAUGAUGUGGGGCUUGAUGGAAUGGUUAUUAACUUGGCAAGCCUAUUGGCCGGAACUGCCACCAACCCCUUUGGAAAUGGCUACUUCCAGGGUCCCGCUGAGGCUCCACUAGAAGCUGCAUCGGCAUGCCCUGGAGUUUAUGGUAAAGGUGCUUACCCUGGUUAUGCUGGUAACUUGCUGGUGGACUCUACUACUGGUGCUAGCUACAAUGUGAAUGGUGCUAAUGGCAGGAAGUACCUUGUUCCUGCCUUGUAUGAUCCUUCUACAUUGUCUUGCUCAACUCCUGUUUGAGGCUUUUGAUGCCGAUCGUUAUUGUGUUACUGCGUACCCACUGCUAGACUAAAAACCACGAACACGGGAUUAGUAGGCUGUACAAAUAAGCAUCAUGUAGGAUAAAUUCAUUUAUUUGUUUAUUAUAUCUUCUCAUUAUGCUGAUGAAUCACAUAUUACAUAUAUAGCAAAUGUACUUGGGUUUGCUUUUAAAUAUAACUCU